AUUGACGUUUCUUGUGGACGACCGGACGAACGAAGGCAGUCCAGCCGCGGGACGAUUUAGAAGCAAAAUGUUGACCCUCGUAAUUAGCCACAAAAAUAUGGCUUCUUUUUGUCAGUGUUUGAACUACUUUCGCUGACAUUCUGCUCAGAUAGUCCUCAGACGUUCGUUGAAUCAGUGUUUCCGACUUUGUAAAGGCCAGCCCAAGGUUCUAUAAAGCCAUGGCGACAAUGCCAGGUAAGAAUAAAAUUCAGCCCUCGGAGAAUCACAGUAAAACUACCAAGAGCAGAGAGACUGGAUGGCAGAGUUCUUUUGCACCACGAAAAGGCAAAGGUCGCUUCAAAAAUGGCCACCGUAGGACUGGGUCAUUUGACGCUAGUGAGCAAACUGAGUCAUGUCAUUGGAUACGCAACCACAUCGAAAUGAGAGAAUGCAUCACCUUUAUUGCAGAUGAGAAAAGGAAAAAGAGGAAAAGCAGUAUUAACAGCAAAGGUGAAGAAAGAAAGUGCAAAUGCGGAUACCUCAAAUCCCAACAUCAUCAAAUUGCCUUGGCCAACAAGAAGCCACCUGAUACAAAAUGGAACUCACUGAUGCACACAAGUAUCGGGAAGACUAAUGCUUUUGGUGAACUAGAAUUCGUCGGCUUUGGACAAAGAGUUGGGAAGUUUGUUAGAGUGAACCACACGACAGAGCCAGAGGAUGUGCUGAAACUCAUGAGGGAACAGUGGAACUUAGAACUUCCCAACCUUCUCAUUUCUGUCACUGGUGGGGCCAAAAACUUCUACAUAAAGCCCAGACUACAGGAGGUUUUCAGAAAGGGUCUCAUCAAGGCAGCUCAGAGUACAGGUGCAUGGAUCAUCACAGGAGGGACACACGCUGGUGUGAUGAAGCAUGUUGGGGAGGCAGUCAGGACUAACGCUGUGGCUGGCAGGUCCAGUAACAAGGUGGUGGCCAUCGGGGUGGCAACAUGGGGCAUCGUGCAUCACAACGAUGAACUCAUCAACGAUCAGGGGUCCUUCCCUGCCAGGUACCACCUGGAGGAUCCUCCCCCAGGCCGGGCAGCUCUGGACCCUAACCACUCCCACUUCAUCCUGGUGGAUGAUGGAACUAACGAGCAAUUUGGCAAGGAGAUCAAACUCAGGGCAGAGCUGGAGAAGAGAAUUUCUGAACACAAGACAAGAGCUUCUACACAAGCUCCGGGCUCCAGUUCAGUCUCUAUUCCGGUCGUCCUACUCGCACUGCAGGGGGGACCAGGAACGCUGGAAACUGUCUAUCAAGGAGUGAGCAACAACACCCCUGCUGUGAUAGUGGAAGGGUCUGGAGGUGCUGCUGACAUACUUGCAUAUGGGUUUAACCAUUCUCUAGAAGAGGUGGUAGCAGUGGAGGGGCAUGUUGGAAAGCAGGAAAUUGUAGGUCGUGUAGACACGCAACUAGAGGAAGUGCUGAGGGCAAAAAUAGCAGAAGAGUUUGGAGGAAACGAUCCGUCAAAACUGGAUCCAAAAAAACUCAAACAGUGGACAAAAUGGGUGGUGGACAGCAUCAGGAAGAAGCAACUCUUGUCCAUCUUUGAGAUUGACAGUCGAGAAUCUGCAAAGAACAUAGACGUGGCCAUGCUUCGGGCACUACUCAGGGCAAACAAGGAUGACUACCAACAUCAGCUGAAACUAGCACUGGCCUGGAACAGAAGUGACAUCGCUGAAACUGACAUCUUUACGGCAGACAGGAGGUGGAAGCAAGAAGAACUGGAGGACUUGAUGUAUUCUGCCAUUCUUGAAGACAAGGUUAACUUUGUCAAGCUCUUCCUAGAAAAUGGAGUCAGUCUCAAAGACUUUCUGACAGUUAGAAGGCUACAGAGGCUGUACAGUGAGAUUCCACAGUCAGGUGUGCUGUUUGACAUGCUCCAAAAACGACUCCGAGAAAGGAUAUCAUCCCCUUCAAAAUCAUUGAAGCGAAAACCAUCUACUGCCAAGGUCUCUGUAACUAUGAAUGAUGUGGGCCAUGUUAUCCAGUCUUUGAUGGGCGAGAUCUAUGUCCCCCUCUAUGAGAGAAAUCCUGAAAGAUACGGUGGUGGUGACCCAAAAGCGGUGUGUGAAGACCCGACCAGAGAGCUGUUUGUGUUCUGUGUGCUUCUGAACCGGCAGGAGAUGGCACGCCUGUUCUGGGAGGAAGGGAAGGAGGGCGUGGCCGCCGCUCUGGUUGGCAGCAAACUUCUCAAGUCCAUGGCACGAGAGCUGGAGAACGACACGGAACUGAGCGAGGAAAUGUUGGAGCAUGCAGAUAAAUUUGAAGACCUUGCCCUUGGUGUGUUGAACGAGUGUUGGGGAGAGGACGAGCUUCGAACCCAGCUCCUGUUGGUCCGAGAGCUGUACCUGUGGGGGGAGCUGACGUGCCUGAGGAUCGCCAUCAGUGGAAACCACCUCAACUUCAUCGCACACAGUGCCUGUCAGGCUCUCCUCAAUAACAUCUGGAUGGGCAAGUUGGCUCUGGACACCUCCAUCAUUAGGCUGUUCACCUGUAUCUUCAUCCCACCCCUGGUCCCUGCUCUCAUCUACUUCCGAGAGGACCAGAAAGAAGAGGAGACUUUGAUCGAACCUCUUGGAACAGAUGAACGCCAUUAUUCCAUCUCAGCUGGCAUGGGCAGACCUGUAGUGGCCAGGACUAGAACUAAUGCAGGAAUGAUUGUAGACAGCAUACCAGAGGGAGAAGAGUUGGACAAGAGUAUGGAGAUGGUGGUAGUGCACAGCUCUGGAUCUGGUCUGAUCAACAACCAGCAGACAUCACAGGUACAGUUGAAGGAUGAAGAGAAAGAGGAGGAGUAUGAAGCUCCUCACACAGAGGAAGGGGAGUUGGACUUCCGCAGUAGUGAGAGGAUCGGCCCUCUCACCAGGUUCUACCUCUUCUACGAUGCUCCCAUCACCACCUUCAUGCACAAUGUGAUCUCCUACAUUCUGUUCCUUUGUCUGUACUCCGUGGUCAUUCUCACCGAGUUUGAACAAAACGAGUUUGGACAAAACGUCUUGUCGCCUAUCGACUAUGUCCUGGCAAUUUGGAUCUUUACUCUCAUCUGUGAGGAGAUCCGACAGCUCAUCACUACAGAGGCAAGAUCGGUGUCUGGAAAGUUAUUGGAAUACAUCGGCAACUACUGGAACCUGUUUGAUUUGGCCAACAUUGUCACUUUCAUCGUAGCAUUUGUGUUGCGGUUCUUCUCUGAGACGUUUAUCGUAGCACGGGUCCUGUACAGCCUGAACCUGAUGAUCUUCUCCUUCCGACUCUUACACAUCUUCUACAUCAACAAGGAGAUGGGACCCAAACUCAUCAUGAUUGCCAGAAUGUUGAAGGAUCUUAUGUUCUUCAUCUUCAUCCUGAUCAUCUUUAUCCUGGCAUAUGGGGUAGCAACCCAGUCCAUCCUGUAUCCCAACGAGAGCAGGGUGGGGACAGUCCUACAGGGCAUCUUCCACAAGGCCUACUUCCAGAUCUAUGGGGAACUGUUCUUGGAAGAAAUCAUGAAUGAUGGGUUUAACUGUGUGGCUAACAACAGCGAAGCCAUGGCUAACAACCAACAGAGGUGUCCUUCAGAAGAGGGAACCUAUGUGGUACCUGUUCUACUGGGACUGUACAUGUUGGUCACUAAUGUUCUACUGCUCAACCUGCUGAUUGCUAUGUUUGGCUACACCUUUGAGAAGGUACAGGAGAACACUGACAAGAUCUGGAAGUUCCAGAGGUACGACUUGAUCAAGGAGUACUCAGACCGCCCUCCCCUGGCUCCUCCUGUCAUCAUCUUCUCUCACCUCUUCCUGCUCUUCCGUGCCAUCACCAUGGGAUGCUGCAAGAGGUGUCGGCCUGGGGAUAACGUCAUGAAAGUAAAACUGGAAAGUGCUGAGAGAAAACAGCUGAUCCUGUGGGAGUACCUGAACACAGAGAACUACCUGCAGCAAACCCGGCGGGAUAAAAGCCAGGAGACAGGCGAGAGGGUGCACGAUACACAAGAAAAGGUUGAUGAGCUGAAGGAUCUGGCCAAUGAACAAGACGAGCGACUGACCAGACUUGAGGAACAGAUGCUGAAGUCCACCAUGUCCUUAGAGUCCAUUGUUCAGUCUCAAGCCUGGAUCAUCAAGUCCUUACAACAGAACAACCUAUCUGCUAAAGAAGCCCCACCUGAACUGGAACUCUCUCCAGCUGAAAAAGUACCACGUUCCACAUUGCCAAGUCUUACACGAGAGCCCACCAGGUCUUCUUUGCAUCAGGGCAAGAGACCAAAAACAGUGAAAGGCAGGCGGCGUACUCUGGACGGCCAGCCCAUACAGGAGAUCCACCAGAAGGCCAGGACCUGUCCAUACCCGAUGUGUGAGGUCAACAGGUGUCAGGUGCCAGAUGACAAAGUUCCUUGGGAGGUGCCAUUCAGCAGUUAUCAUCCUGUCAACUACACUGCAGACUGUGUUCUGGCUGGGCCACCAUGGGCAGAUGUGGACCUCAUGAGCAUGUCUCUUGAAGAAAGACCUUUCCUGAUGUAUAACCAGUUGGACACCAAGUUCAAGGGAGCUGUGGACAGAACCAGCUUCAUUGGAGUAUACCAGGUCAAGGAUAAGCUCCCUCUGAAUCCCAAAGGCCGGACAGGCAUGGUGGGGAGAGGACUGCUGGGAAGGUUUGGACCCAACCAUGCUGCUGAUCCUGUUGUUACCAGGUGGAAGAAGGACAUGUUUGGGAACAAAGAGGUCCAUCGUGAAACCCACCGGAAUGUGCUGGAAUUUGUGGCCAUCCAGAGGAAAGACAAUGGUCUUUGGGCCAUUCCUGGGGGCAUGGUAGAGCCUGGGGAGAACCUGACCAUGACCCUGAAGAAUGAGUUUGGUGAGGAGGCUCUGGGCAAACUGGACAAAACAGACCAAGAGAAGAAGGACAUGUCCAAGAAACUGGACAAACUCUUCCAGCAGGGCAAGGAGGUGUUUAAAGGGUACUCAGAUGACCCCAGGAACACAGACAAUGCCUGGAUAGAGACAACAGCUAUUAACUAUCAUGAUGAGGAGGGUUACCUCAUGCAGAACUUCACCCUACAGGCCGGUGAUGAUGCGGGUGCUGUACAAUGGCAGGAUGUAGAUGGGAGCUCACCACUCUUCGCAAGUCACCAGGCCAUCCUCAAACAUGUGGCUGGUUUUCAUAACGCACAUUUCUAACUCACUCUAAUGAGGGCCUGUUUGGGGGGAUUGGGGGUCUAGUGAUUAUGAAUUACGCAAAAUUUCACUGCAGAUUACAAAUUACAUCUCAGAACUGAUUAAGAACAGUUUCGCGUUAUAGCUUAUGUACUGAUUACAAAUUAUGAUGAUUUUUGACAGCUGCCUAUGGAUUAUGAAGACUAAAAAAGGCCUGAUUACACCUUACGAAAAAGAGCAUGCAGGUCCUCAUUUCUAACUCACUCUAAUCUAAUGUCUGCUCAUCGGGGAUUUCAACAAGGGUAUCAGUAUACCCCAGGCUGACCUAACAGUGCCUCUGAUAGAGUUUUAACCCUCAGAAAACUGAAACAGCUCUCUGGCUACCAACUAGACUAGACUCUCCAUUAGUUCACUAGUUAGGCAGCAGGGAGAAGGUUAAGUUGGACCAUUUUGACUGCAAUUCAAAGCUUUUACACAUGUACAGAUGUCUGACCAUUUCCAAAAUCAUAUCCAGCUUUAUUCAGACAUAUCUUAUUACCUGGAUGUCUAAACAUUCAUCAAUGUACAUACAUGUAUACAUACAUGUAACAGUAUAUUGUAUAUUGGAAUUCUGACGUGUGUGUAUAUAUGAAAGUGUCUGUAGUGUAAAAUAGAUAGUGUAAUAAUUGUACUUCAAUGUUGUCAUAGGUAUGGUAAUUCUUAUUAUAUGAUUGUCUCAAAGUCGACAGUUUUACGUUGGUCAUGUUGAGAUGUCAGCUGUGCCAAGUCCUUUUUUUUUUAAGUAUCACUUUUUAUUUUGAAAUAUUGUCUCUUCCAUCAGAAGCUUUAUCAAUUGAAGCUAUUGUAUAUUUUGUUGGUUAAUAUGUUUCUUGACAAGGCAAGUUUGCAGUGUCCUAACUGUCAAUAUGUCAUAUAGAAUGGUUAUGGUUUUUGUACUAUAUUUGGUGAUCAUGAUAAUGUAUGUGAGAAAGGUGUAGAAUUCUAAAAUAUCAGGUCUUAAGUCAAGAAUUCAUACUUAGAAAUGUAGGUAACUAAAUUGUUAUGUAUUUUGAAUAUCUACUUGUGAAUAGAUUUUAGGUUGUGUGUGAAAUUGUGAAUACAGUAUAAUUGCGACUACAUUCUUAUGGAUGGAAAUGAAAUAUUCUUGUGAUUAAACAGUUCAUAAU